GACUCCAUCAACGAGGUGGACGAGUCCUUCCAGCCCAUCCACACGUACCAGGUGUGCAACGUCAUGAGCCCCAACCAGAACAACUGGUUGCGCACCAGCUGGGUGCCCCGUGACGGGGCCCGGCGUGUCUAUGCUGAGAUCAAGUUUACCCUGCGUGACUGCAACAGCAUGCCUGGUGUACUGGGUACCUGCAAAGAGACCUUCAACCUCUACUACCUGGAGUCGGACCGUGACCUGGGCGCCAGCACACAAGAAAACCAGUUUCUCAAAAUCGACACCAUUGCAGCCGAUGAGAGCUUCACGGGUGCUGACCUGGGUGUGCGGCGCCUCAAGCUCAACACAGAGGUGCGCGGCGUGGGCCCCCUCAGCAAGCGCGGCUUCUAUCUGGCCUUCCAGGACAUUGGUGCAUGUCUCGCUAUCCUGUCUCUCCGCAUCUACUACAAGAAGUGUCCCACCAUGGUGCGGAACCUGGCUGCCUUCUCAGAGGCAGUGACAGGGGCUGACUCGUCCUCGCUGGUGGAGGUGCGGGGCCAGUGCGUGCGGCACUCGGAGGAGCGGGACACGCCCAAGAUGUACUGCAGUGCUGAGGGCGAGUGGCUGGUGCCCAUUGGCAAGUGUGUGUGCAGUGCUGGCUACGAGGAGCGGCGGGAUGCCUGUGUGGCCUGUGAGCUGGGCUUCUACAAGUCAGCCCCCGGGGACCAGCUCUGCACCCGCUGUCCUCCCCACAGCCACUCUGCCGCCACCGCCGCCCAGACCUGCCAUUGUGACCUCAGCUACUACCGGGCAGCCCUGGACCCUCCGUCUGCAGCCUGCACCCGGCCACCCUCAGCACCCGUGAAUCUGAUCUCCAGCGUGAAUGGGACGUCUGUGACCCUGGAGUGGUCCCCUCCACUGGACCCAGGGGGCCGCGGUGACAUCACCUACAACGCCGUGUGCCGUCGCUGCCCCUGGACAUUGGGCCACUGUGAGACAUGUGGGAGCGGUACCCGCUUUGUGCCCCAGCAGACGAGCCUCGUGCAGGCCAGCCUGCUCGUGGCCAACCUGCUGGCCCACAUGAAUUACUCCUUCCGGAUUGAGGCUGUCAAUGGCGUGUCUGACCUGAGCCCCGAGCCUCACCGGGCCGCUGUCGUCAACGUCACCACAAACCAGGCAGCCCCGUCCCAGGUGGUGGUGAUCCGCCAGGAGCGUGCAGGCCAGACCAGCGUCUCGCUGCUGUGGCAGGAGCCGGAGCAGCCCAACGGCAUCAUCCUGGAGUAUGAGAUCAAGUACUACGAGAAGGACAAGGAGAUGCAGAGCUACUCCACCCUCAAGGCCGUCGCCACCAGGGCCACCGUCUCGGGCCUCAAGCCGGGCACCCGCUACGUGUUCCAGGUCCGAGCCCGCACCUCAGCAGGCUGCGGCCGCUUCAGCCAGGCCAUGGAGGUGGAGACCGGGAAACCCCGGCCCCGCUACGACACGCGGACCAUUGUCUGGAUCUGCCUGACCCUCAUCACAGGCCUGGUUGUACUUCUGCUCCUGCUCAUCUGCAAAAAGAGGCACUGCGGCUACAGCAAGGCCUUCCAGGACUCAGACGAGGAGAAGAUGCACUAUCAGAAUGGGCAGGUGCCCCCACCUGUCUUCCUGCCCCUGCACCACCCUCCAGGGAAGAUCCCAGAGCCCCAGUUCUAUGCAGAACCCCAUACCUAUGAGGAGCCUGGCCGGGCAGGCCGCAGUUUCACCCGAGAGAUCGAGGCUUCCAGGAUCCAUAUUGAGAAAAUCAUCGGCUCAGGUGAGUCUGGGGAAGUCUGCUACGGACGCCUGCAGGUGCCAGGCCAGCGGGACAUGCCCGUGGCCAUCAAGGCCCUCAAAGCUGGCUACACGGAGAGACAGCGGCGGGACUUUCUGAGUGAGGCGUCCAUCAUGAGCCAGUUUGACCACCCCAAUAUCAUCCGCCUUGAAGGUGUCGUCACCCGUGGCCGCCUGGCAAUGAUUGUGACUGAGUACAUGGAGAACGGCUCCCUGGACACCUUCCUGAGGACCCACGACGGGCAGUUCACCAUCAUGCAGCUGGUGAGCAUGCUCAGAGGAGUGGGUGCCGGCAUGCGCUACCUCUCAGACCUGGGCUAUGUCCACCGUGAUCUGGCCGCCCGCAACAUCCUCGUUGACGGCAACCUGGUCUGCAAGGUGUCUGACUUCGGGCUCUCGCGGGUGCUGGAGGACAACCCCGACGCCGCCUACACCACCACGGGAGGGAAGAUCCCCAUCCGCUGGACAGCCCCUGAGGCCAUCGCCUUCCGGACCUUCUCCUCAGCCAGUGAUGUGUGGAGCUUCGGUGUGGUCAUGUGGGAGGUGCUGGCCUACGGGGAGAGGCCCUACUGGAACAUGACGAACCGUGAUGUCAUCAGCUCCGUGGAGGAGGGGUAUCGCCUGCCUGCACCCAUGGGCUGUCCCCGCACCCUGCACCAGCUCAUGCUCGACUGUUGGCACAAGGACCGGGCCCAGCGGCCUCGAUUUUCCCAGAUUGUCAGUGUCCUCGAUGCCCUCAUCUGGAGCCCUGAGAGUCUCAGGGCCACGGCCACUGUCAACAGGUGCCCGCCCCCUGCCUUUGCCCAGAGCUGCUUUGACCUCCGUGGGGGCGGGGGUGGCGGCGGGGGCCUCACGGUGGGGGACUGGCUGGACUCCAUCCGAAUGGGCCGCUACCGGGACCACUUUGCUGCUGGUGGCUACUCCUCUCUGGGCAUGGUGCUACGCAUGGAUGCUCAGGACGUGCGCGCCUUGGGAAUCACCCUCAUGGGCCACCAGAAGAAGAUCCUGGGCAGCAUCCAGACCAUGAGGGCCCAGCUGACCGGCACCCAGGGGCCCCGCCGGCCCCUCUGACCCAAGGCCAGCUGGACCUGGGCAGCAACCAAGCCAGCCCCAGUUCACGGCAGCCAUCAGAGGACGUGCAGGGUUGGCCAGGGGUCGGGGUGGGCCCAGCCUCUGUCCCUCCUCUCAGGUGCCACCGCAGGACCUGGAGUUAUUAGGGGUUAAGCUGCUUGGGAAAGAGCUCUCUCCCCAGAGCAGAAACCUUCUCUUUCCCAGAAGCUGGGGCCUCAACACCACUGAGCCCACCAGAGAUGUCACUCCCUUGCCUCUGUGCAUGUGCGUGUGUGCGAGCACAAGGACUCAUGCACUGUGCGACAGGGGCGUGUUCUCAUGAGGUCUGGAAGCCCGUGUGAUCACGUGUGUGUGUGUGUCCACUGGUCAGGUCCCAGCAUGGAUGUGUGCAAAUUAUGAUGUGCCUGCUUAUCCAUUAAGGCUGGGGGCACGUGUGUGACCGUGGAUGGCAUGUCAUGAAUGAGGAUGCGUGUCACAGGCCUGUGAAUACAGAACGUGGUGUGACACUGCCCAUCAAUGUGGGCACAGGUCCCAGUUGCCCACAGGGACUAAGAAGAGGCUCACACCCACCUCCCCCCAUGCCUGAGGCCAGAACUAGGGGCCGCUUGAGAACUGUACCAGCACCAGGCCCACCCUUGUCUCUGCCUGGGUGAACCCACCCCCGGCUCUAUCUCAGGUCUGAGCCCUCCCUCUGGCUGGCGAGGGGGCCACCUGCAGCCCCCAGCUGGCUCCCACCACUGCUUUAACAGGAAAACAGGGUUCCCGGCCAGCCCUCUAGCCACCUUCUAUGCAGUCAUCACUGCAGAGUACAUGAGAUGCCCACAACUGGACAUGGCUCCCUGAUCAGGGGCCAGGGACCACCAACUUCCCGCUAGUCUCUGAAGCCCCUCCAUGGUCCAGGGCUCCUCAAUUGGAAGUCCCUCUGCCAACAUCUCACUGCCCAGCCCUGGCCUGUCCCCACCUCUGCCCCAUGCCUAGGGUCAGGGACCAUAAGAUCCUAGCUCCUCCACCCCAAGUCCACCCCUCUUCUGGGAAGACCACAGCCUAGAAAAGGGGUGUGCCUUAUCUAAGGUCACACAGUAAGAUUCAGAGCUGAGGCCUCCUGCCUCCCAGCCCAGGGCCCUUCCUUGAGGCUAUCCCACACUGGUGGCUGUGGGUAGGAAGGGGUUGGGGAACCCCACCCCCCACCCCUGCCCUCACCCCAGAGACUGGCCCUCCCUCUUACGGCCCACCAGGGUAUGUAAAUAUCUUUUUCUACCAUGUCAGAAUAUUUUUUCCUCACUCCUGACAAUGCAAAAAUGGUCUUCAAAGCACAUAAAAAGCACCCAGGGUAAGAAAGCCCCGCCCCAGAGGAAGCUUGGCAGGCAGGGCUCAAGGAACCCCGCUGAGCGGGAUGCCUUGUGCCCCCUGCCAGCCCCCAAGCGAGGGGCAAGCCCAGCUCUCCACUCUCACCCAGCCCUCCCCGUAGCCAGCGCAGCUGUUCCGCGGAGACACCAGCACUGAGCCCCCUCUCCCUCCUGCAAUAAUUUGGGGAGUCUCAGCCCCGCCCAGGUGCCGCGGCCAGCUCUCUACACAUCUAUAUAUUAUAUUACUAUAUAGCUGAGCUGAUCUUCCUUCCUAUGGAAGUCGGAAUCACGGUCAGGACACGAUCCGGGGAUCCCACCUCCACCCCACUUUCACCUGAUUCCUGGGCUCUGGAUCCUCAUGGUCGGGGAGGGCACAGCAGGCCAGGCCCUUGCAAAAGUGUGACCCCUGUCCCUGGCAUGAGGUACCCCUCAGGGACCAAGGGAUCUGCCUCUCCGUGGUCUCCAUCCUGAGUCUUGAACUUGCCCACAAUGAGAAUAAAUUCUGCCUCAUCUUUA